AUGGAAGAGAAGACCUUGGCGUACUUAAUGGCCUCUCUCUGUCACGUUGAAUUGAUACGGGGGCGAACCUCACGGGCUCCCCCGUCACGUCCUCACGUUUUUAGUAAUAAUCUUUCCCACCCCCCUUCGUCUCCGCAGUUGUACCCCACAAGGGCUGCACACAAUGCUAAUUGCGAUUCGUCCAGCGCAAAAGUCAUCCUAAAAACAAGCCACGGCGAUCUCUCCCUGGAACUCUGGUCAAAGCAGACUCCACUAACCGUCCGCAAUUUCUUGCAAUUAUGUAUGGACGGUUACUACAACGAUACAAUCUUCCACCGUCUCGUACCCGGUUUCAUUCUACAGGGCGGUGACCCCACCUCCUCGGGCCAUGGAGGCGAGGCAAUCUACCCCGGUGGUCUAUUCGCGGACGAGUUCCACCCCCGCCUCAAAUUCAAUCGUAGGGGACUGGUUGGGAUGGCGAAUUCCGGGAGGAAGAAUGAUAACGGGAGUCAGUUUUUCUUUACGCUUGGAGAGUGCCGGGAGUUGACGGGUAGGAAUACCAUGUUUGGGAAGGUGGUUGGGGAGACGUUGUAUAACCUUGUGAGGAUUGGAGAGAUGGAGGUUGUGCAGGGGAGCGAAAAGCCGGUUUACGAUGUUAAGAUAACCUCAGUGGAGGUUUUGGUCAAUCCUUUUGAGGAUAUGGUCGCUAGGAUUAAAGAGGAGAAGAGGCUCGAGGAAGAGCCCAAAAAGAAGAGUGGUGGAAAGAAAAAGAAGGCCAAGGCAUUGCUGAGCUUCGGUGGGGAUGAGGAAGGGGAGGAAGGGCUGGCGGUUGUCAGGAAGCCAAAAUUCAAUACCAAGCUAGUAGUCGAGGCGCCAUUGGCGGGCGAGGAUGAUAGGGUCGUUCAGAAGGAAAAGGUCGCAUCGGAGAUAUCAGAGACAGGCGAUGAACAGCCUAUAGGAGCUGUAGAAACAAUCACUAAAACCGAUUACAAAGACAAAGGAAUAUCAGACCCGACACUCUCCCCAUCGCCAUCACCCCCACCUCAAGCAAUCCGAAGGGCUCCCUCACCAAAACUAACAAAACUACAGAAGACUAAUGCCGAAAUCGCAGCCGUCAAAGAAAGCCUAAAACGCCGAGCCAGCCCUCCCCCGGCGGAACCAAAAGCAAAGAAGAAGAGUCUUCUAAGCAUCCAAAAGUCACUCUUACCUUCAACAUCCGUCCAGGGGCGAAAACGGAGACGUGGAAAAGCCACAGCAGAUGAUGAUGACGCCUACGCCGCCCUCCGACGCUUCAAAUCAAAACUUGACUCUGCCCCUUCUCCCGCCACUGCUACUACCACUGCUACUACCACUGGCACUAGCGCAACCACAGAAGCAAAAGCGGCCACGGGUAGCGAGCCCACCGAGGUGCUUGACCACGACGACGAAUCCAACCUUUGUGAUCUCCACUUCAUACCAAAUUGUCUCUCCUGCAACGCACAUGUCGAAGAGGAGGACGAUGUUGACGGUGGUGCGGCAGGGCUGUGGACCCAUGCACUAAGCUUUGAAAAGGACCGAAUGGGCAAGGAUCUAACUUGGAAGAAGAAGAAUGAGGAGAUGGUGGUUAUUGAUCCGAGGGAGAAGGGGAAGGAGAUUCUGAGUAAGAGGAAGGGCAAGGGAAGUGAGUGGGGAAGGAGGAGGGAUGGAGAGGGGCUGGGCACAGGUAGUAAAAGCGGUAACGGAGGGAGAGGUGGGGGCUGGAUCGACCGAGGGGGGCCGAGUGGGAGCGGCAGUGUGGGGAAGUAGUGGUCAUGUAUUGUCACUCGAUUAGAAUGUACACUAGCUUUUUC